AUGAGCGCGCUCCUGCGUUCGGUGCCGAAGGACAUGUGGCAGUCGCUCGGUGGCCGUAAGACGGUGAAGGAGGCAUGGGAGGCGGUGCAGACCAUGCGUCUUGGUGCUGAUCGAGUGAAGGAGGUCAACGCCCAAAGGCUGCUGAAAGAAUUCGAGAACAUCGGGUUUAAGGAGGGCGAGAUGAUCGAUGACUUCGGUAUGCGGAUCACCAACCUCAUCGCCAACCUGAAGACACUUGGUGAGAUGGUGGAUGAUGCUCGCGUGGUUAAGAAAUUCUUGAGCAUGGUACCUUCCCGUUUAAAUCAAGUGGUCGUCUCCAUCGAGAUGUUCUGCGAUGUGAAGAAGAUGACGGUGGACGAGCUGGUGGGGUGUCUGUGGGCGGCGGAGGACCGACUCGACAAGAAGGUCGAGCAGAUCAUCGACAAGGCGGGACGCCUUCUACUCGCGGAAGAGGACUGGCUUGAGAAACACAAGCACCGUUUCCAUGCCGGCUCGAAGGAGGGAGGCGGCGGUGCUAGUGCUGGCCACUCGAAGGGGAAGGCAGCGGCGGCACAAGAUUGCAAGCGUCCCAAGAAGAAGAAGAAGGAGGCACGGCAGCCAGAGGCAAAUGUGGUGGUGGGUGGCGCGGAGCAGUCGGCGUUGAUGCUGGCAACGCGCGACAUCGACGUCGUGCGCGGGCCAACCCAGAUCGUGCACCUGGCGGAGAACAUGAUCCCUGUUGACGUUCCUGAUGGCGUGUGGGUGCUGGACACCGGUGCCAGCAAUCAUAUGACGGGGACACGCAUGGCGCUGACUCAACUGGAUGAAGGAGUGCGCGGCACCGUGCGCUUUGGCGAAGGCUCGCGCGUUGAGAUCCAUGGAGCUGGAUCAGUGGUGAUGCAAGGUCAUCAUCAACAACAUAAGGUACUAACUGACGUCUACUACAUCCCUAAACUCAAGAGCAACAUUGUUAGUUUGGGUCAGUUAGAAGAAAAGGGUUCAAGAUAUAUGUGGGUGGAGAUGUUGAAAUCAAAGGACCAGGCUUUAGAUUACUUCAAGAAAGUCAAAACUAGAGCUGAAGUUGAGUCUGAAACUAAGCUAAAGGCUCUGAGAACAGAUAGAGGGGGGGGGGAGUUCACAUCUCAUUUGUUCUCAAUUUUCUAUAAUGAACAAGGAAUCAAACACUACACUACUACUCCUUACUCUCCCCAGCAAAAUGGGGUAGUGGAGCGUCAAAACCAAACAGUGGUGGAGAUGUCAAGGUGUAUGCUGAAGGCAAUGAAGGUUCUUACAAAAUUUUGGGGUGAAGCAGUUUUGACUGUUGUUUAUGUUCUCAAUAGGUCACCUAUAAAGAGCCUAUCUGGAAAAACCCCUUUUAAAGCUUGGCACAAGAAGAAACCAAAUGUUAGUCAUCUGAGAACUUUUGGCUGUGUGGCUCAUGAAAAACACAAUGGUCCUAGUCUGAGUAAGCUGGCAGAUAGAUCAUCAAAAAUGGUUUUCAUUGGCUAUGAAUCAGGCACAAAAGGAUACAGGAUUUAUGAUCCAUCUACUGGUUGUCUAGUGGUCAGUAGGGAUGUGAUUUUUGAAGAACAUCUAGCCUAG